AUGAGCGCACUUACCGUAGAUCACAGUGAACUGCCCGAUGUUCACGAACUUCGCACCUCUGAAGAAUCUAAAGAAACAGUAGGCGAGCCGCAAUUGCGAAAUAACGAAAUUGAUCGCGACCCAUCUAGCAGCAAUGAGAUCUCGGAAGCAGAGUGGUAUGGUCUUUUUUUUACCGGGGAGGGAACAGUGAAAUCGGAGCUGAAAUUUGUUUUCUGUAAAUAUCAAGAAGAUGACGAUGGUAGUACUCUUGUCCGGAAUGUUGUAAUAGGAGAGGAAGAUGGAGAGGAAGGCGAGUCUGCAAAUGCGCAGGACGAUAUUGAUCCUUAUAAGGACUAUGACGUAUUUUUGUACGAUCAUGAUUACACGGGAAUGUUUCGUCCUGACCAUAUCCCCAAACUUAUUGAGGAGGGUUACGAUUCAAAUUCCUUUCCAAUAAUGGCAGGGCUUUCUUCACAUUACGCGGAUGAAGAAUUUGAUGAGCAACAGAGUUCGAUGUCUCGAAAUAUGUUUUACAAUGGAGAGGGUACUUCUUCAGUGUACAGACUUCGUGAGUUUCAGUCGAGGCAAACAGACGGAUCGGUAGAGAGGGGUCAUGGUAUUCAUCCCACAACGUCAUAUCGCUUGGGUGCCAGUCCUGUAGUUUACAGUGGGAAAACGAUCAUGAGAUACUCAGCGCUUGGUGCGUCGCAGGCAUUUCGAACACCAGUUAGAGAAUCUUUUGUUGCCUCACCGUCGUCGCCUCGGCCGAUUAACAGUUACGGAUCUAAGCAUCGAAUAAGUUUCUCAGGUGGAGGCACUGCUGUAGCGCACCGUAAAGCGGUUCGGUCAAGGUUUGCGGAAAGGGGUUAUGAGCAGCCUGGUUUACGAGUCAUGCCCUCCCCUACAAAACAGUAUACUUCGGAGCCGUCAUCUGUGUAUCAGUCGAAUACUGCUAGCUUUGUCGCUGAUCCUAUGCGUGCUGCAAAUGACAAUGCUCCGGCGCCUUUCAUUGUUCCAGCGAGAGGGUCGAGGCCAUCAUUACGCGGGAAAGGCCAAGCAAGCAGGACGCAGCAAGCAAAAAUGAAGACUCAAGAAACUGAAGAUAAGCCAACACAUACGGUAAUCUUGAAUUUUCGUGAUCUGCCUCUUUUUACCUGUUCACUAUUCUUUUGUUGCUUGCGAUCUGUAUGA